UGUGACAUGAACCAGAAACAAGACGUUGUGCCUGAUAGGAAAGUUAUUACAAGCCUGAAACCUAAAGAAAGCCCAACUGAGAAGAGCGACCCCAAGGAGGUCCUCUACUCAGUUGAGAAAUUACUCCAACAGAAGGAGGAGCUCAGCCAGGUCAAGGUUUAUGAAGAUAAUAUUAAGAAUAUUGUCAAGAAGAGCGCUAAUGUCUCAAAAUCAGCAAUCAGAUGGCCCACUAGGCUUGAGAUCGGGUUCGAGCAAGGUCUCUCACCUAAAUCACAGAAAUCUAAUAGGACUAAUAUAAAAUAAUGGCUUAGCCAAGAAAGUUCGGAAGCCUUUAAAGAGUCCUCAACUUAGUAUGGACUUUAGCUUAGAGGUCAUCAGCAGGAAACUGAGUGUGAAGAACCCAAAGAAAACACAUAAGAAAGAGAUCCCUAGACCCAUCACUAUCCAGAAUGAUCAUAGUAAUACAUGUGAUAAUGUGGCUUUGCCAACCCAGAAUAGUAAAGAUAGCAGUCGCAUUGAUAUUAGCAAUCAUAAGCCCCAGAAACCUCUCGAAACAAAUACCAAGAACAUGUGUAUUGAAGCUCAAGAUUUUGAAGAUGUCUAUGAGUCUUCAUACAUAGACCAGCUCCAUAACUUAAAUCAAAAUCCUCGUACUAUGAAGAAUGCACAUACAAGUAUUAACGACUGUGAGAAGAAGUCUUUUAGUGACAAAAGGACUCCUCAGUCUCCGUACGACCGCACAGACCGAACUGACAGCUUUGAUAUCACCUCACAGAGCCAGGGUAGGAAUAGAGCCAAGGAAGGCCAAGAGGGCAUCCUGAUCCAGACAGCUAAUUUUGAGCAAAAUAAAUUGGAUACAGAGUCUAAGACCAGCAAUGAGAAUCCUAGGCUUAUUUCUAAAGAGCUCAAGGGCAUAAAAUCGAUUGAGAUGAAGUAUCUCUAUGAUAUGCUAACCACUGAUGCCCCUAUCAACAAGAGUAUCAUCAUUCGGCACCAUAACGGUGACCUGUGCAACAAUAUUAAAAAAUGUGUGAGGAUCGAGAGGAAUUCAGUCACUAUAUCAAAGGAAUGAGCUUAUAAAAACCAGACUGUUGAAAGUAAACAGCUUGGGAUAAAUGGGCGAUAUAUCAAAUGGUUAAAGAAUAAAAAGCAAAACAUGGCUUCAGAUAAUACCUCUGCUUUCAUCUCAUUUCCAAAGAAGAAUAUGUAUCAGCCAACUUUCCGUUCAUCAAAUGCUGAGAACAGAGAAAAUGACAUGAUUUAUAUCGAAGCGAAUGAGACUUUCAACCAAUAUACAUCUAGGCCAACUCGGAAAGAUAAGGUUGAGCAGCACAGGAAAGAGCUUAACCAGACUGACCCUAUUGAGCAUGGCGAUACAUCAAGCGAGAAUAGUCAUAAAAACUUCGCACCAAAUAGCCUAUCACAACCCAGAUAUUCAAAAAUUUCCCAAAAUAUCACAGUUGAAGAGUACAAGACCAAGUAUAAGCAGAAGUAUAGCUCCGAAUAUGAGCUAGAUGAUUCUGAGGAUAUGAUACAGGUCAAAGACCCUGACAGUGAUGUAAAGAAGGUAUUCACAGGCGACAAGCUCUCGCUUGGAACCGAAGGAAUGAAGAAUUACCUAAACUUUACCUUGAUGAAGACACCUCCAGGAAAGUGGGGACGCAAGACCAGUCAAGGCAAAAGUUCCAACCACAACCGUACUGAGUGAGGCUUCUAUAAGUCUCCUGUUUACAGCUCAACAAAAGUAGGCAAACAUAAAAGAGCUCUUUCACUGACUGGAAACCCUCUUGAUCCUAAGAUUCUUAAGUACAGAGAACUUAAGCUACUCCAAGAAGAGCAAUCUAAGAAGGAAAAUAAGAGUUUUUUCUCAAAAAUUUCAAAGCAAUUCUCAGAAGCUUCAAAGUUGCAUUUCGGCGAUAAUCCUGGCAGGAGAAUAAAUACCAGUCAUCUAAGGUUACAGGCAAGGAGACCUAUGAGUAAUGAGACAGCAUUCUCACAAAUAAUUGACCAGAAGAUCGACUUGUUCAAUCUGAAUAAUGGAGAUGCUUCAAAUCUGCUGAACAAAACUGUGAGGCUGGAUAACAAGAACCUAUUCGGGAUUAUUAACCGUAUAAACCCUCAGAGUGAAGUCCUUAGUUUCCCUAAAAACCUGAAGGAGCCUUAUAAGUUGCUUCAGUGUAGCCAGUUGAUUCGAGGGAAUAGAUCUAGCAGCUUUAAAAGAAACAUGAUACAGAAAGAAAGCAUCAAGAGUUUCAAAAAUUUUGCAAGUAAGCCUAUCUAUAGGCCUUCUGGAAAAGAUUUUAAGGUAAAAUCGCAGCUUCCUCAGAGUUUUCAGUUAAACUCUCCUAAGACUCCCAAUAAUUAUAAUCAGAGGUUUGGCAAUCAGAAGGUGAAGCCCAAGAAGGAAAGUUUGCUGCCCUUCAGUGCUCUUGAUAUCGAUCCCAGAACGAAGAUAGUGAAUCAAAAGAGACUAUCCACAGCAAAAAGAAUGAAAAGGGAUCCCUCUGGUGAGAUUAAAAAAGGUCAGAAUGAGGCUAAUAUAGAUGAUGAAGAUGCCCCAUCAUUUCUUACCUUCAAAGCAAGCACCUUCCGGCCUCUCACAAGUGAGCCAUUUCAUAAGAAGCAUGUAAAGAUGACUAGAAGAGGUGUACCUAUCUAUAAAUUUAGUGCUACAAAACCUAGCAACGAUUGAAACCCAUGAGACUCUAAAAAUAUGGAGAAUAGUGUGAUGACUCCGAAAAACCUUCUACAUGCAGCAUAUGGAAAUCAGUCAUAAAUCCCUGUUGCACACCUAGCUCAACCUUGA